UACGCCUCCACGAAGCGGUCCACCUGCCUUCGGUGAAACUAACAUGAAGACAGUCGAAGACGUUCUGGAUUCCUUGGUGAAUAAGAGACGGCCGGAUCAUGUAUGUUUUUCCUCUGGAGUUGGUCCCGUUUGCUUCGAUCCUUUACAACCUUGGACCAGGCGUUGAAUAGCGUCGUUAAGAUACGUUUACGUAGUUAUGCGGUGGAGCAUAUUAAGUAACUUUAACACAGGAGCUGAACAUGGCAGUAAGAGAAAUGGUGGCACUUCGACUUGUAAAAAUUGUCUUAUCGAAUUCUCUACGACUUUUUUGGUGAAGGAGUCUGAACUUCCGCAUCGACAAUCAGCGUCCCCAGUAAGAAUGAUUUUGCUCAUCGUUCGUCUUUUAUUUUUAACACUUACUCAUCCACUUCUACGUGCACUUCCUUCUUGUUUCGCCAUGUUGAAAUAAUCACGCGAACAAUCAAAAUGCGAGUCUAAGAUUCUGAAACGUGGAAAGGAAUGCGAUUGUAGCUCAUACAUAGAGAAGUAGGAUCUACAACAUGCAUCGAGCGCAUAACCGGAGAUUGCUAUUCUUGAAGAAAUGAAUAUGCAAGGCCUGGUCUAUCAUGAUAAGGGGUUGCACAAAAAACAACAAGUUGUGAUAGGCAUAGUUGAUGGAGAUGCUCUUUCACUUGUGCAGCUGCGAAUAAGGGACACACUCACAUCUACAUGGAAGAAACAACAGUCGAUUCUUUUCGAAAUGUUGUGGGUGUGCACAACAGGUCCAAACACUUACUUUUUUUGCAGAUGUGAAAUUAUCUUGCC